AUGAAGGAACCACUAUUGGACCAUGAAUCUUCUUCCUUAUCUGAAGCAAAAAGAAGUAGAUCACUUUUCGCAGAUGUUGGAUUGUUUAGUAAUAUCACUUUUUCUUGGAUGGGUCCUUUACUUGAUCUUGGGAAGAGGAAAACACUAGACCUUAAUGAUGUGCCAUUCUUGGAUGACUGUGACAGUGUCCAUGGAAUCAUCCCUAAGUUUCGUUCAAAGAUUGCCUCGAUUUCUGCUACAGGGCAGUACAAUGAUGUUACAACAGUUAAGCUAGCCAAAGCUCUUGUGCUCACAACAUGGAAACUAAUCAUUGUCACUGCAGUUUAUGCCCUACUCCGUACUGUUACUUCAUAUGUUGGUCCCUAUCUGAUUGAGUACUUUGUUGGCUAUCUAAAUGAAAGCCCACGACCUACUAAAAAGGGAUACCUUAUGGUUUUGGCAUUUGUUGUUGCACAGUUCAUGGAAAGUCUCUCGUCAAGGCAUUUGCUCUUCAGAUCUCAGCAAUUAGGUGUGCGUGUGCGUUCAGCUCUUAUUGCUAUUAUUUACCAAAAGGGUCUUACCCUCUCCAGUCAGUCCAGGCAAAGUAGCUCAAGUGGAGAGCUGAUCAAUGUUGUGAGCCUUGAUGCUGAGCGCGUAGGAGAUUUCAAUUGGUCUAUGCACGAGCUUUGGCUGGUCCCUGUACAAAUUAGUCUUGCAAUGGUUAUCUUAUACUCUACUCUUGGCUUGGCAGCAUUUGCUGCCCUUGGUGCCACACUUUUGACAAUGUUGGCUAAUAUACCUUUGGGGAAGAUUGAGCAAAAUUACCAAGAGAAAACUAUGACUGCUAAGGAUGCUAGAAUGAGCGCUAUGUCUGAGAUAUUACAGAACAUGCACAUUCUCAAGCUUCAAGGUUGGGAAUUGGUUUUCUUCUCCAAGGUAAAAGAGUUGAGGAUGGUUGAGAUGAACUGGAUAAAGAAAUAUGUCUACACCUCGUCAAUGCUUAUAUCUGUCUUUUUUGGUGCUCCUGCAUUUGUUGCUAUGAUCACAUUUGGAACCUGCAUGCUUUUAGGCAUUCCAUUAGAAACAGGGAAAGUAUUAUCUGCUCUGGCAACAAUUAGGCAGUUGCAAGGUCCUAUACACAGUCUUCCGGACACAAUCUCGUCAGUCAUUCAAACAAAAGUAUCACUUGACAGGAUAUGCUCAUUUCUAUGCCUUGAGGAAUUAGCGAGUGAUGCCGUAACUAAGCUUCCAAGUGGUAGCACCGAUAUAUCCAUUGAGGUAAGGAAUGGUCACUUCUCUUGGGAUACAUCUUCUCAGGUGCCUACUCUCCAAGACUUAAACUUUCGUGUACAACAAGGAAUGAGAGUUGCUAUUUGUGGAACUAUUGGAUCUGGUAAAUCAAGCUUACUGUCAUGCAUACUUGGUGAGAUACCAAAGUUAUUUGGAGAGGUUCAAACUUGUGGUCGAAUUGCUUAUGUUAGCCAAUCACCAUGGAUACAAAGUGGGACAAUUGAAGAAAAUAUACUUUUCGGCACACAAAUGAAUAGGGAAAGAUACAAAAAGGUCCUUGAAGCAUGCUCUUUUACAAAUGAUUUGGAUAUAUUGCCUUUGGGUGACCAAACAGUUAUAGGAGAGAGAGGAAUCAACCUAAGUGGUGGACAAAAACAGAGGAUACAAAUUGCCCGUGCUUUGUAUCAAGAUGCUGAUAUCUUUCUAUUUGAUGAUCCAUUUAGUGCGGUUGAUGCUCGUACUGGACUGCACUUAUUCAAGGAGUGCUUGCUAGGAUUUUUAGCUUCAAAAACUGUUGUAUAUGUUACCCAUCAUGUCGAAUUUUUACCUUCAGCUGAUGUUAUCCUGGUUCUGAGAGAUGGAAAAAUAGCACAGUCAGGGGAUUACACUGAAAUUCUUAAAUCUGGAGAAGAGCUCAUGGAAUUAGUUGUAUCCCACAAAGAUGCCUUAUCAACUCUAGACAUGCUGGAGUGCCCUAGUGGCAAUUUUGAUAGUACAUAUCAUCCUGGUGGUAAUGGAAGCACCCUAUUCAUAGCAGGGGAUAAAAAAGAUGAUAACAAUGAAGAAGAAGGAAUUGUUCAAAAUGGUCAACUGGUAGAAGAAGAGAGGGAGAAAGGCCGGGUUGGAUUUAUUGUCUACUGGAAAUAUAUUACGAUGGCAUAUAAUGGAGCACUAGUGCCACUUAUUUUGCUAGCUCAGAUCAUUUUCCAAGUUCUUCAAAUUGGAAGCAAUUUCUGGAUGGCUUGGGCAGCUCCAGUAUCUAAAGAUGUGGAUCCUCCAGUGAGUAGCUUGCUGAUGGUAAAUGUAUAUGUUGCAUUAGCACUUGUUAGCUCAUUGUGCAUCUUCAUACGGUCACAUUUUCUUGUCAUGGCUGGAUGUAAGACUGCUACUAUUCUAUUUGAAAAGAUGCACGAGUGCAUAUUCCGAGCUCCAAUGUCUUUCUUUGACUCCACUCCUAGUGGGCGUAUCUUGAAUAGAGCUUCCACUGAUCAAAGCACGGUGGAUACCAGAAUUUUUGACCUGAUGGGCUAUCUUCUAUUUCCUGCCAUUGAGAUUAUAGGAACAAUUAUUCUAAUGUCACAGAUUGCUUGGCCAGUCAUCGUAAUUUUUAUCCCCAUUAUUGUUGCAUCGCUGUGGUAUCAGCAAUAUUACAUAGAUGCUGCUAGAGAGUUGCAAAGGUUGAUUGGAGUUUGCAGAGCUCCCGUGAUGCAACAUUUUACUGAAUCAAUAGCUGGCUCAAAUAUCAUUAGAUGCUUUCAAAAGGAAAGACAAUUUAUCAGUUCUAUUGGACAUUUGAUGGAUAAUUUAUCUCGACCAAGUUUAUAUAAUGCUGCUGCGAUGGAAUGGCUGUGCUUUCGCUUGGAUAUUCUUUCAUCCUUCAUUUUUUCCUUCACAUUGAUACUUCUGGUCUCCUCGUCAACAGCUCUAAUCGACCCAAAGACUGCUGGUCUUGCAGUCACUUAUGGACUAAGUCUCAAUAUGCUACAAGGGUGGGCUAUUGCUGUCCUCUGCAGUUUGGAAAAUCGAAUGAUAUCUGUGGAAAGAAUGUUGCAGUAUAUGAACAUUCCUUCUGAACCACCACUUACAAUAUCAGAAAGUAGACCAAAUUGCCAGUGGCCAACAAAGGGUGAAAUUGAGCUUCGUAACCUCCACGUACGGUAUGCACCACAAUUGCCUUUUGUUUUGAAAGGUCUGACAUGCACCUUACCAGGAGGAAAGAAGACAGGUAUUGUUGGAAGAACAGGUGGUGGCAAGUCAACCUUGAUUCAAGCAUUGUUCCGCAUUGUGGAGCCAUGUAUUGGGCAAGUGUUGAUAGAUGGCAUUGACAUCUGCACCAUUGGACUGCAUGACCUCCGGACAAGAUUGAGCAUCAUUCCACAAGAUCCUGUUAUGUUUGAGGGGACCCUGCGAAGCAAUAUUGACCCUCUGGGGGAGUAUAGUGAUGAGCAAAUCUGGGAGGCAUUGGAUUCCUGUCAUCUUGGGGAUGAAGUUAGAAAGAACGAGCUUAAGCUUGACUGGACAGUGCGCGGAAAUGGCAAAAACUGGAGCGCAGGUCAGCGUCAACUUGUCUGUUUGGGAAGGGUGAUUUUAAAAAGGAGAAAGAUCUUAGUUUUGGAUGAAGCAACUUCUUCUGUGGAUCCAAUAACAGACAAUUUGAUUCAAAAAACCUUAAAACAUCAAUUUCCCGAAUGCGCAGUGAUUACAAUAGCGCAUCGUAUUACAUCAGUUCUUGAUAGUGACAAAGUCUUGCUUCUCGACAACGGUGCUAUUGCAGAGUAUGACGAACCAGCAAAACUGCUAGAGGACAGCGCAUCCUUAUUUUCCAAACUCGUAUCUGAGUAUACCAUGGGAUCAGAUUAUAAGUAG